AUGGCUGACAAAAAGCACCAUGUAAAAGUCUAUGUCCUGAAUCAAGAGCAACAAUGGGACGAUAUAGGCACCGGCUACAUCUCGUGCACUUACGUGGAGCAGCUCCAGGGCGAGGCCCUGGUCAUUCGAUCGGAGUCGGACGACUCACUGAUCUUGGAAUCAAAGAUAAAUCCAGACGAGCCUUUUCAGAAACAACAAGGGACUUUAAUUGUUUGGACUGACUCUGACAACCGUGAUAUGGCGUUAAGUUUCCAGGAUGAAACAAGUUGUCAGGAGAUCUGGGAAGACAUUUGCCGGGUUCGAGGUAAAGACCCAACUGCCGAAAUCGCACAGGCCAUCUUUGGAGAACCAGAAGAAGAACAGUCUGAGGAGGUGUUGGAACCCGGUUGUGUCAUCGACCUGCCGAACUGUGAGCUCAAUACACUUGAACAGAUUGCGGAGCUAGUUACCUCGGUUCUCACCUCGCCUAUUCUUAAGGAAAGUCUGGCUCUGCUCUUGGAAAAUGACGACUAUAUUAAAAAGCUACUGCUGCUGUUCCGCAUUUGUGAGAACCUGCGGGAUACUGAAGGCUUACACCAUUUGCAUGAAAUUAUUAAAGGCAUCUUAUUCCUCAACAAGACAUCUCUGUUGGAGGUCCUGUUUUCUGAAGAGUGUAUCAUGGAUGUGGUGGGAUGCCUUGAAUACGACCCUGCUUUGGCUCAGCCGCAAAGGCAUAGAGAAUUCUUGACCCAGCAUGUAAGGUUCAAGGAAGUUGUGCCAAUAGCUGACUCUGAACUUAGGCGAAAAAUACAUCAGACGUACAGGGCACAGUACGUUUACGACAUCCUUUUGCCUGUGCCAUCUGUCUUUGAAGAGAAUGUGCUUUCUGCUCUUACAGCUUUUAUUUUCUUCAACAAGGUUGAGAUAGUCAACAUGCUGCAGGAAGAUGACGAGUUUUUGUCUGUAGUUUUUGCACAGUUAAGGGAUAAGAAUACAGAUGAUGACAAACGGCGUGAGUUGGUAUUGUUUUUCAAGGAAUUCUGUUCAUUUUCUCAGACUUUACAACCUGAAAGCAGAGAUGUGCUGUUCAAAACACUGGCAGAAUUGGGAAUUCUUCCUGCUCUUAAAGUUGUAAUGAGCCUCGGUGACUGGCAAAUAAGGUCAGUUGCUACUGAUAUAUUUGCUUAUCUAGUAGAGUACAAUGCAUCCAUGAUAAGAGAAUUUAUGAUGAAAGAAGCCCAGCAGAGUGAAGAAGGUGACCUUUUCAUUAAUUUGAUCGUUGGACAAGUGAUCUCUGAUCCUGAUCCUGAGCUAGGAGGUGCUGUUGAUUUAAUGGAACUUUUUCGUGCCCUGGUUGAUCCAGAUGACAUGCUGGGGUCACCUAAUAAAUGUGAAAAAAGUGAGUUUCUAAGUUUCUUCUAUAAACAUUGCAUGAAUAACAUUGUAGCACCACUUUUGGCCACCACUUCAGAAUAUAUAUGUGAAGAAAAUAAUAUAGCUGGAUCUGACAAAAGCAACACCCUGUGUGCUGUUCGCUUUAUGAGAAGGAUGGUUGGCCUUAAAGAUGAAUUUUAUAUUCGUUACAUCAUCAAGGGAAAUCUUUUUGAGCCAGUUGUAAAUGCUCUUCUGGGUAAGGGAAGUCGGUACAAUAUGUUGAAUUCAGCUGUUAUUGAGCUGUUCGAAUACAUAAGAGUGGAAAAUAUCAAGCCUCUUGUUGCACAUGUAGUUGAAAAGUUUUAUAAGGUAUUUGAACCGAUUGAAUACGUUAAGACGUUCAAAGGAUUGAAGAUGGAAUAUGAAGAAGAGAAAAAAAAACAGAGUCAAAUACAGAAGAAUUUGCGUGCUUUGCUCUAUAGUAAAAUAUUUCACAGAAGUGCCGAAGUCUUGGAGGUGAAGGAAGAAAUGGGUUUUAAAGAAAAUAUAGAGGAAGGAGAAGCAGAUAUGCCACCAUUGGAAGAUGAUUUUCAAGAUCCUUGUGAUAAAUUUGUGGAGACGACAAAACCGAAAGAAAGUGAAGACAAGGUGGAUCUUCCUAAAAGAACAGCUUCUGGCGAGUUCAAGUUCACUUCAUCCCAUUCUGCCGGUGCUGGCGAUGGAGCAAGCGGCCCAAGCAGUAGUAGGGUGAUUGCCUUAGUGGAUUAUCCAGAUGAUGAAGAAGAUGAGGAGGAGGAAGCAUCCCUCGGGAAAAGACCACGUCAUAGCUCGUAA